GCCCGCGCUCCCGGGCACUGCGCCCAGCCCGCCGCCCUCCGCGCUCCGCCACCUGUCCGCGCCGCUAACUGCCCCCAACAUGGGUCGACAGAAGGAGCUGGUGAACCGCUGCGGGGAGAUGCUCCACAUCCGCUACCGGCUGCUUCGCCAGGCGCUGGCGGAGUGCCUGGGAACCCUCAUCCUCGUGAUGUUCGGCUGUGGCUCCGUGGCCCAGGUGGUGCUCAGCCGGGGCACCCAUGGUGGUUUCCUUACCAUCAACCUGGCCUUUGGCUUUGCCGUCACCCUGGGCAUCCUCAUCGCUGGCCAGGUCUCCGGGGCCCACCUGAACCCUGCUGUGACCUUUGCCAUGUGCUUCCUGGCGAGAGAGCCCUGGAUCAAGCUGCCCAUCUAUACCCUGGCUCAGACCCUGGGAGCCUUCCUGGGCGCUGGGAUCGUUUUUGGGCUGUACUAUGAUGCAAUCUGGGCCUUUGCCGACAACCAGCUUGUAGUCUCGGGCCCCAACGGCACAGCCGGCAUCUUUGCCACCUAUCCUUCUGGACACUUGGACAUGGUCAAUGGCUUCUUCGACCAGUUCAUCGGCACCGCCUCCCUCAUCGUGUGCGUGCUGGCCAUCGUGGACCCCUACAACAACCCCGUCCCCCGGGGCCUGGAGGCCUUCACCGUGGGCCUGGUGGUUCUGGUCAUCGGCACCUCCAUGGGCUUCAACUCUGGCUACGCUGUCAACCCUGCCCGGGACUUCGGCCCCCGCCUCUUCACCGCCAUCGCCGGCUGGGGCUCGGAAGUGUUCACGACCGGCCGCCAGUGGUGGUGGGUGCCCAUCGUCUCCCCGCUCCUGGGCUCCAUUGCGGGAGUCUUCGUGUACCAGGUCAUGAUCGGCUGCCACCUGGAGCAGCCUCCACCCUCCACCGAGCAGGAGAAUGUGAAGCUGGCCCACGUGAAGCACAAGGAGCAGGUCUGAGUGGGCAGGGCCACCCCUGCCCCUCUCCCUGGAGGAUCCACGGACUGUGCAGGGGCUGCUCCCUGGAAGCCCCCCUCACGACCCUCCUCCAGUCUGAGAAGCUCCUUGUCUGCCCCCACCCCUCUGGACAGUCCCUCCAGGAUUUUCCACUGGACCCUGCCCACGAAGGACUUCAGGCCACUGUCCUUAAACUGUGAUGGACAGAGCGUAGGGCCAACAGAACUUCGUCUCCCCAAGGGAGGGAAUGGGCAGCGGGUAUGUGAGUGUGUGUGUGCGUGUGCUUGUGUGAGUGUGUGUGUGUGUGUCUGUCCUGUUUUCCAAACAGGGGCUCAGGGGAGGCUUUGGGGACGGUACGCUGGGAAUAUGGGCAGGGCUGGGAGGAGGAGGCCACAGCCCAGGUGUGAGCCUUUGACUGUAUAUAAGUAGGAGCUGAAUAACGUGUUUUUGUCAUGAUGUAGGCAUGAGAAGGUGGGGUGAAGUCCAGGUCAUAAGUUUCAUAUUUUCUCUUUUUUUAAAAAAAAUACAGCAGAUGUCUUAGUUUUAGGGGGAAGGGGUUGGAGACUCUAAAUAGGGUCUUUACUCUUUAAUCCUCCACUCAAUACAUGUACUCUUGCCUUUUAUAAAAAAAAUACAAUAAAAUAUAUGCCUAAAACUGCC